AUGGUUUUUACUCCACAAUUUUUUUAUGAUGGAACCGAAAAGACCUGGCGUGGCGAGGAGAUGAAGAACUAUUUUGAUCCUCAUCUGUCCAUUGGGGAAAUCAUCUUUAAUGAGAUGCGGCGACAUCCCAAGCAAAUCGCCCAGAUAUCGGUAACGGAAAAAACGGUUCUGACCACGAAAGAACUCCUCGAAAACUCAAUGCGCGUGGCCAGCUAUAUGCGAUCGCUGGGACUACGCCAAUCCGAUGUCGUUGGAAUCAUGGCCAGGAACACGACCCACAUUUUCUCCGUGGCAUACGCUUGUUUUUUUAACGGAAUCGCAUUCCACGGAAUCAAUACAAUGUACGAUCGGAAGACAAUCGCAAAUCUGUACAACAUCACCAAGCCGCGACUUAUAUUCUGCGAUGGAGAUGACUUUGAGAAAAUCCGGGAGGCCACAGUUAAUCUGGACGUGAAGAUUGUAACCAUGCGUAAGCAUCCAUUGGGUUCCAUACGCAUCGAUGAUGUCCUGGCCACUCCCAUCGAGAAUAACUUUCAGCCGGCUCGUCUGGAGCACGGUAACGAUCAGAAUCUGGUAAUUUUCUGCUCAUCGGGCACCACUGGGACCCCAAAGGCACUUACAAUCUCGAAUAGCAGGAAGAUCAUUUCGGUUAACCACCAUCUGACCACCGCUGAUGUGCAAUAUACCAGCAACAACCUCGACUGGAUAAGCGGAAUAUUGACCACCAUUACUUCUGGGGUUUUCUCCACUACACGCAUAGUGGCCGAUAAUGCUUUCGAUCCAGUCCUAGCAUUAAAAAUCAUCGAGAAGUACAAGGUAACUUGGGUCAUACAGGCUCCCUUCGCCUUGGCAAUGAUGGGCAACUGUCCGGAGUUUGAGACUGCCGACUUGACAAGCCUACGGUGCUAUUUCUACGGAGGAUCUCGGAUAUCUGUGGAUGUAGAGAAUCGCAUUAGAAGUCGUCUGAGUCGGGACUGUCUCCACUUUAUCUACGGAUUCAUGGAGAUGGGCAGUGUGGUUACAGCGAACUUUAACUUUGAUCAAAAGCCGAACUCUGUGGGUCGCUUGCUAAAUGGUAUUAAAUUGAAGAUAAUCGGUGACGAGGGCGACUCCUUGGGCCCAGAAGAGGUUGGUGAGAUACUGAUAAAUUGUAAUCAGCAUUGGUCUGGCUAUUACGGAAACCCAGAAGCUACACUUAAAAUGCAGGAUCCUCAGGGAUGGUAUCAUACUGCGGACCUCGGGUACAUGGACAAGGAUGGCUUUUUGUACAUUGUGGAUCGCAAGAACGACAUGUUGAAAUACCGAAGCAUUUUGUACUAUCCCAGCGAGGUCGAAGCUGUUAUCGCCGAAAUGCCAGGCGUUUCUGACGUCUGUGUUUUCGGGGUAUACGAUCAGAUCGAUGGGGAUAAAGCAGCCGCAAAUGUUGUGCGGAAGUGGGACAGUAAGAUAAAGGCCCAAGAUGUAGUGGAUUAUGUGAGGGAACGCACCGACUCCCAGUACAAGCUGUUAAAUGGAGGAGUCCUUAUCGUGGAUGAUCUAAUGCGCAGUGCCAACGGAAAACCCAAUAGAAAGGCCAACAAAGUGCACUACCUGAAGGUCAAAGGAAUUGUGGAAUAA